AUGGCCGACAUCCUCACUGGCAGUCAUCACUCUUCUGCUUCGACAUACGCUCGGUCUCAGGAAGCAACGGUAUCAAAUUCUUUUUUGCCCUCUUCCAUGAUAGUACACUUACAGAGUGAAGACCUCGGUUCCGGUCCCUACCAGCCCCAGCUCGCAUGCGCUAACUUCGUCCGAAGGCCGGGAACUUCGAGGUGCCCCUGGGCCCAGGCAGAGGAUAACGGCAAAGCCAAGGGCCAGGAAAAAGCUUUUGCAAAGAAGCGGGUUCCAAUAUUGGCACACUUCUUUCCUAUAAAAGGUAACUACGUCAUCGGUGAAGGUAUCGCUGGCGACGACGACAGGGAAGCCCUCAAACAACGGCAAAUACGAGACUUGGUAUAA